AUGGCAGUUCGCCUAUCGAAGUGGAUUGUUUUGCUGCUCAUGCUGGUCACUUUGCCAGCCUGUUCUUCUGGGAAGCGGGACGAAAUCGACCCCAAUACCACCACCCCGGGCGACACGGCUGCCGCCGAGAUUCCCGAGCCCAAAUACGAAUGGCCGCUGGUUCGUCCCGAGGGUCUGCCCGAGACGCUCGAAGCGUUGAACUCCGAUAUCAAAUGGGAAGACCAACCGGUGGUUGACUCGUUGAAGUUGCUCCGCGACUUCCAGUCGACCAUGCCCGAGUUGGCCACCGUCGAAGAAGCGCUCAAGCUGCGGAACACCUCGGAGGAGAACAACGCGAAGAUCCUUAGCGCACUGGGGCGACUUCCUCCGGAGAACGACGAAGGGGUCGACUACGAAGCCACCAUCACCCGACACACGCGGGCCGACGUGAAGAGCACGAACCCGUUGAUGAUCAGUUCGACUUCGGAAUUCGAAGUGAACGGGCUCACCGGCAUCGGCUUCUUUGGCUUCGACUGGGAGAUGAACCCCUUUGCCAGUAGCGACACCGUGGUGAGCUGGCAGGCCAGCGAAGACAAGAUGUACGACAAAGUCGUGAUGCGCGACGACCUCACCUGGUCCGACGGAACCCCAAUCACCGCGCACGACGUCGUCUUUUCGUAUCAAACCAUCAUGAACCCCAAGAUUCCGAUCCCGGCCGUCCGCUCGGGAACGGACGAGAUCCGUUGGGUCGAAGCCUACGACGACUACACGCUGCUGUACGUGCAUCGCGAUGCAUUGGCCACCAACGUGUGGAACGUGAAUUUCCCGAUCAUUCCCAAGCACAUCUACGAAGACUCGAUUAAAGACGACUUCACGAUGCAGGACAGCGAAUACCACGUUCGCUUUGAGAACGACCCGGUGGUUGGGGGUCCGUUUCAAAUCGUGAGUCGUUCGCGAGGGCAGGAGAUCGUGCUGGAACGCCGCGACGAGUACUUCAUGUUCGAAGGCCGCCAGGUUCGCGACAUGCCGUUCUUCAAACGGAUUCGCUUCCGCAUCAUCGAAGACUCGAACACCGCGCUGCUGGCCGUAAAGUCGGGCAACAUCGAGGAGCUGGAGUUAACCCCCGAGCAAUGGUUGACCCAAACCGGGGGCGAUGACUUCUACGACCGGAACACCAAGGUAAACGGCCGCGCGUGGACUUUCUUCUACUUCGGGUGGAAUCAAGAUCCGCAGCUCGCGCCGUUCUUCUGCGAUGCCCGCGUGCGACAGGCGAUGGGUUACGCCUUCGAUCACAAGGAGAUGCUCGACACACUGUGUUACGGUCUGUAUGAACCGUGUGCUGGUAUCUUCCAUCCUUCGGCAUGGAUGGCCCCGCAACCUCCGCUCGAGCCUUACACCCAAGACCUCGACAAAGCAGAAGACCUGCUCGACGAAGCCGGCUGGAUCGACCACGACGGUGACGGCAUUCGCGACAAAGAGAUCAACGGACGCCUGGUGCCGUUUCAAUUCAAGAUCAUCACCAGCAACGUUCCCUUGCGAGUAGCGAUCUGCAACCAGUUGCGAGAAAGCCUCGACCGGAUUGGUGUGCAAUGCGAUGUGAGCCCCAUGGAAUUCACCGUGUGGCAAGACGCCAUGCUGAAGAAGAACCUGCAAGCCUGCUUCGGCGGUUGGGGCACCGGGGCCGACCCCGACACGAGCAUGAACAUCUGGGGCACCGGCGAAGCCCGCAACUCGGUGAACUAUUCGAACCCCGAGGUCGAUCGACUCUUCGAAGAGGCCAAACGGGAGUUCGACCGCGACAAGCGAGCCAAGUUGUACGCCGAGAUCGAUCGGCUGAUCUACGAAGAUCAACCGUACACGUUCUUGUACCACCAGAGUUCGUUCUACGCGUUCAACAAGGACCUCCGCGGCUACAUGUUCAGCCCCCGGGGCCCCUACAGCUACAGCCCUGGGUUCAGCAGCAUCUGUGCCCUUGCUACCGGGGCGCGGCUACGUCAUGCUGCCGACGCUAUGUUUAGUUACUUUGUACGUCGAACGCUGAUCGCCCUGCUGACGUUGGUGCUGAUCACGUUCUUGAUCUACGGGCUGAUCCGCGCGAUGCCCGGCUCUCCGCUGACCGGCGAGAUGAUGGACCCGAGCCGUCGUCUCGACCCGGCCGAUAUCGCACGGAUGGAACGCGCCUUCGGGCUCGACAAGCCCUGGUACGAAGCCUACGGCGUGUGGCUGAAGAACCUGCUGCAGUUCGACAUGGGCCGGUCCCUGCACCAGAAACAGCCGGUGGCCGAUCUCAUCGUCGAACGGAUGGGUCCCACACUGCUGCUUUCGGUCACGUCGCUGGUGCUGGCCUACCUGCUCUCGAUUCCGAUGGGGCUCUACGCCUCGGUGCGCUCGGGCAAGACCGACGAACGAGUGAUGAGCACCAUUCUGUACAUGCUUUAUUCGUUUCCCUCGUUCGUGGCGGCGCUGCUGUUGCAGAUUGUGUUCGCCGUAAAGCUGGGUUGGCUUCCUCUGUUGGGAAUGUACAGCAGCACCUACGAAACCAUGUCGACGGGCGCCAAGAUUUGGGAUGUAUUCCUGCACUCGCUGAUGCCGGUUGCCUGCUACACCUACGGAUCGCUGGCGUAUUACAGCCGUUUCAUUCGCUCGAACAUGCUCGAGGUCGUGCAGCAGGAUUACAUCCGCACCGCCCGAGCCAAAGGUGUACGCGAAGUGCGGGUCAUCUUCCACCACGCCUUCCGCAACACGCUCAUCCCGUUGGUCACGCUGAUGGGGCUCACGCUCCCCUCGUUGCUGAGCGGAAGCAUCAUCCUCGAACAGAUUUUCAGUUGGCCGGGAAUGGGUCGGCUGUUCUUCGAAUCGAUCUCGGCCCGGGAUUAUCCCGUCAUUAUGGGGCUCACGCUGAUGUUCUCGGUGCUCACGCUGCUGGGACAAAUGCUGGCCGACUUCCUGUACGCCGUGGUCGUGUGGAGCCGGUUCCGGCGGCGGAAGCUGGCGAUGAUCGCCCUGUACUACAUAGGCUUCAUGGUCUUCGUCGCCGUGUUUGCCCCAGCGAUCGCAGGCACCAAGCCCAUCGUUUGCUAUUACAAGGGGCACUACUACUUUCCCGCGAUGGGCUACUUCAACAGCAAGUGGGAAAACCCCGUAUUCUAUCACGACAAGUUUCGUCGCGAGUAUCCGCAGAAUCUCAAAGAGAAAGAUCCUGACAGUUGGGCCAUCUGGCCGUUGGUGUAUCAAGACCCUUACCGCCGCGUACGGGCCGACGAAUGGGAAGGCAUGCCGGGCAACCCUCGCCGGGAUGAGGGGCACCCCAACCGUUACAACAUCUUCGGCACCAACCAGGCCGGCGUAGACGUAUUCGCCCAAAUGGUGCACGGCACCACCAUCGCGCUGCUGGUUGGAUUCGUGUCGAUGGGCAUCGCCGCCGCGAUCGGAAUCACCGUAGGUGCGGUGGCCGGGUAUGCAGGCGGUUGGCUUGAUAUCACGCUGAGCCGAUUGAUCGAAGUGGUGAUCUGUAUUCCACCGCUGGUGUUGAUCCUGGCCAUCAUCGCCGUGAUCGAAAAACCGACCAUCUGGCACAUGAUGGCGGUGCUAGGCUGCACGCGGUGGACCGACAUCGCACGGCUGGCCCGCGCCGAAUUCAUCAAACUCCGCGACAGCGACUUCAUCAUCGCCGCCCGGGCGGUCGGGGUUGGCCAACUGCGGAUCAUGUUCCGCUACAUCCUGCCCAACGCCUUGGCCCCCGUGCUGGUCCCCAUCACCUUCGGCAUCGCAGGCGCAAUUCUGAUUGAAAGCGGGCUGAGUUUCCUGGGCUUCGGGGCACCUCCGCCGAACCCCAGUUGGGGAACGCUGCUCAACGCGGGUCGUACGAACCUGCAACUGUGGUGGUUGGUCGUCUUCCCCGGUGCGGCCAUCUUCCUCGCCGUGCUGGCAUACAACCUCGUCGGCGAAGGCAUCCAAGAAACCACCGACCCCCGCCUCCGCGGCACCCGCGGGUAG